AUGGGACCCAAAGAGGCACCACGGUUAUCAGACUAUAACUUUAAUGUUGAUGCGGCUACCAUCGUUUCGGCUAUCGGGAACAUCAAAGAAACCAAGUGGCCUCGACCUUUGCAAACUGAUCCAACACAAAGGGAUCCCAACCAAAUAUGCAAAUACCAUGGCACGCACGACCACAGGUCUCGACAAUUAAGGGAAGAAGUAGCUCGGUUGUUCAACAACGGUCAUCUUCGAGAAUUUCGAAAUAACCGAGCUAAGAACCACUUCAGAUACAGGGACUCUAACAAGCAAAAUGAACAAGACGAACCCCAGCACGUCAUCCAUAUGAUCAUUGGAGGGGUCGAUGUUCCUCAAGGUCCGAUGAUGAAACGCACCAAAGUGUCAAUCACAAGAGAAAAACAGACUCGGGAUUACUUACCAAAAGAGACUCAAUCUUUCAACGACGAGGACACAGAAGGAAUCAUACAACCUUAUAAUGAUGCGUUGGCAAUUUCUGUUCUUAUGAAUAAAACUAGAGUUAAAUGUGUGCUAAUUGAUCUAGGUAGCUCGGCUAACAUCAUUCAGUCAAAUGUCGUAGAAAAACUCAACCUACAGGACCAGAUCGUACCUGCGGCCUAA